AUGGCAUCUAGCGCGGGAAAACCAGGACAACUUGAAGUGCCCUCUGCAACGCCGAGUGCUGAACGACCUAAGCUCACAACCACCACCACUCGAACGACCACGCACCGCCUUCCUCCUCCAGCCCUGUUCCAAGGCCCUCCGUCUAAGAAUGCAUCGCAUAUCUCCCUCGUUCUCCCGACUGAUCGUCCUCCCGCUGAGGCCGAAGGAAGUGCCCAGCAUGGGCAGCGAAAGAUCAUCCGUCCAUCUCGAGUGCCUCCUGCUUCAUCCUUCUCCGGCACCUCCCCCUCCCAGCUACGUCGCCCUACCGCAGGGACAGAUGAGGAUGAUCAGCGCGCCGAGCAGCUCUGGGCAGAAAUGCAAAGGACCCUUGCAGACGUAGAGAUCUCGGCCAUGAACACCUCCCACGUGUUUGGGUCAUCUCAUUUACGAGCAUUGGAAGAGUUGCGGACUGCUCAACUGUCUCUUGCGCAGACAUGGGCCAAGAUAGAGGCGGAUGAAUCGCUGGACCAUGACUUUGAUAUCGUCUCGCAGAAAGAGUCGAAUCUGAGCGCAACGUUGGACAGCAAGACCUCUGCAACAGCGGCCACUCAACGACCAAAGGGGACAGGCCCUGGAACCGGCACGACGGCCUCGCCUGCGACAGGCAAGGAUGGCGCGUCUCCCGACGGGAAGCCUAGCGCAUUCACGAAUGACAAGAACCUCGAAGAAGAAACAGAGCGUGACCUUCAACUCGCAAGGAAACGACGCGAGGCCAAUGAUCGUUACUUCUCGCAGGUCAACAAGGGCGUGCUGGACGUAGUGAGCAAACUCGACGAGGUCGCAGGUGCCAUGAGACGAGUGGAAAGGGAGAGCAGAGAAAUUUGGGACGAGUCGAGCGAGGACUCGGACGAUGCCAACGAGACGGGAGGCAGUGAUACCGAAGGAGAGGCCACGGACCGGACAGGCAUGACGGACAGCCCUGUGCCGGUAAGGAAGGAUGGCUGA